CGGGGCUGCGCGCAGCAUGCGAGCUGCAGCCCUGGCGCUCGGAGCCACCGACCGCCAGCAUGGGGCCGGCGCUGCUCCUGGUGCUGCUUCUCUCCCGAGCCGGGGACCUCAUGGCUCUGCCCAGCAGUGACUGUGUCAUGGCAGAGCAGCUGUGCCUCUCCGAUUCCAGCUGCAAUGCCACAUACAGGACCCUGGAAAACUGUGCCCUGGCCAAGACUCGCCUCCUUUCACUGGAUCAUGAUAGCAGGGUCAGAUGCCUGAAUGCAGAGCUUGACCUCGGGAACAGCUCUUUGCUGCACUGCAGGUGUCACCGGCGCAUGAAGAGACAGGAGCACUGCUUACGCAUUUUCUGGACCGUUCACUCCAGCAUGACAGAUGGUUAUUUCAAUUUGGAGACUUCUCCGUAUGAGAAUCCAGCAAAUGAAGAACACUGGAAGACGGAUUAUAAUAAACUGGCAGCUCUGGUAUCAGGCUCACAGUUAGCAGGAGAUGCAACAAAUCCAUGUCUGAGAGCAACACACGUCUGUAAUCUGAGCAAGAAGUGUUUUCGUCUGCGCACAGACUACGCCUCCAUCUGCACCAAGGGAGCAGGAAGUGAGGAUGUGUGUGACCGGCGCAAGUGCCACAGAGGGCUAAGGAAUUUCUUUGAGAAAGUUCCUGAGGAUUUCACCAAAAGGAUCCUGUUCUGUCCAUGUCAAGAUGAAUUUUGUGGAGAAAGACGCCGUAAAACCAUUGUUCCUGAUUGUUCCUUCCAGUAUAACACCAAACCAAAUUGCCUCUGGCUUCUGGACUCCUGCUUAGAAGACCAUAUCUGCAAAUCCCGACUGGCUGACUUCCAACAAAAUUGUCAACCUGUAGAGAUGUCUCCAGAUGGCUGCUCUCUGCACAACCAUGCUGCAUGCCUGCAGGCUUACAUGGGGAUGAUUGGCACACCCAUGACACCCAACUAUGUCAGUAACUCCAGUGUGGAGGUCUCCCUGUGGUGUACAUGUGAGAACAGCGGCAACCAGAAGGAGAAGUGUGACCAGAUACUCGGCAUGUUUGAGAGCAACAAAUGCCUUGAAAAUACCAUUUGGUCUCAAAUGCACCUGAAGCAGAGAGCUCUAGAAAGACAGGAAGACUUACUUUAUUCAUCUUCCCUAAGCUUCCAAGGAGACAGUGCCAGCACAUCUCUCUCUUCAGCAAUGUCCCAGGUGGCUGAAGGGAAGACACAGCGAGACAGCUCCAAACAGAGCAGUAUGCCUGUGGCCUCCUCUGUAUAUUCUGGAGCUGCUACUUCCUGGCCUUCUCUGGCUCUGUUCCUGCCCCUGUUGCUGAGCCCACAUUAAUGUGGCAUAAAUGGAAUCUUUCUUUCCCAUAUUAUUAAUAUUAUUCCAUAUCCAGGCAUGUCCCAAUACAGAUUUACCUUUGGGAAACAGAAGGCUUUCAGACAAGAGGAACCGCCUUAACCCAGAAUGGCAAUCACUGGAAACCUCCCACGUACUCGCACCCCGCUUUCCCCCUGUCAGUUUGUGCUGAGCUCUGCAGGUACAGUUCUCACCACUGCUUCUGCUGUAUACACAUUCUGAGUAACAGGCUAAUGUUUCAGCUUAAUAGGUUCAAUCAAAGGUCUGAUUUCUUUCAGAACUUGUGCAGGGUUUGGUUUCUGAUGUCCUGACAGUGUCUCCAACCACCCCACCAUCUAGAGCUCCUCCUCAGGCAUACAAUCAUUGAAUGGUUUGGGUUUGAAGGGACCUUACAAAAUCAUUUAGCUCCAACCCUAUGCUAUGGGCAGGGACCACCUUCCACUGGACCAGGUUGCUGCAAACCCCAUUCAACCUGCCCUUGAAGAGAUGGGGCAAGCACAGCUUCUCUGGACAAUCUAUGCCAGUGCCUCACCACCCUCAUAGGGAAUAAUUUUUUCCUAAGAUUCGAUCUAAACAUACCCUCUUUCAGUUUAAGAUUGUUGUUCCAUAUCCUGUCCCUAGAUGCCCUGGUCAAAAGUAUCUCUUUGUGCUUAUCAUCACCCUGAUGUACUGAAAAGCCACAACGAGGUCUCCACAGAGCCUUCUCUUCUCCAGGCCAAUCCCCCUCAACUGUCUCAGCCUUUCUUUAUAGGAGGGGAGUUCCAGCCCUCUCAUAAUUUUCAUGGCCUUGAACAGGUUCCAUGUCAGUCAUGUACUGGGCAGCCCAGAGUUGAAGGCUGAACUCCACGUGGGGAGGUGGGGUGGGGCAGAGGGGAAGAAUCACCUCUCAGCCUGCUGGCCAUGCUUCUUUUUAUGUAGCCCAGGCUGCAGGAUGGCUUUCUGGGCUGCAAGUCUAGUUUUCCACCUAGCCAUGUAUCCAGGUCCUUUCCUGCAGGGCUGCUCUCAAUCCAUUCACCCCCCCAGUCUGUACUGAUACUGGGGGUUGUCCCAAACCAGGUGUGGGACCUUGUACUUGGACUUGUUCCUCUUAAUGAGUUUUGUUGGUAUCCACUUCCCAAGCCUAUGAAGGCAUAGAGUAGAACUUAUUAUCCUAAAGACUAGAAGUCUGUUCUUCAGGCUGGGUUGCAAAUAAAGCUCAAUAAACAUACACGUGAAGUCCCUAGUAAACACCAUCUCUGGAUUACUUUCAGUUCCCUUUUCAAAUCCAUUCUUUUAAGUGUAUGAAAAAUACCAGUCCAGAUCAAGAAGACUAUACUAGUGUUUAUGCUCCAUUGUGUUUUGUCCCUUCAACAUAUACAUAAUCCAUUAUUGCAGCUAGUGACACACUUGGGCUCUGUUCAAGAUGAACAACUUCACCUUGAAGUGCUCAACUUCAGUAGAUUUAGGCUUAUUUCCAUAACUCAUAGAGAAUGCAUUUGGCUCCUUGAAGGUACAUUGACCACAACCCUGGGACAUUCAGUUGCAAAAAUGUCCUUCUACCUGUCCACAUAUACAAGUUACCAGUGUUCCCUUCCAGCCACCUGCCCCAUCUUCCUUCUCUGCCACGCACUAUUUCAUGACCUGUUUAUUCUGAAUGUAAAUGUGUGCACUGUGUAACUGCUGUUAGUUUGUACUGCGUUUUGUCUGUUAAAAUGUGGUGUUAAGUGAAUAUUGAUUUCUGAGCAUAGGUUAACAGUCUACAAUCAAUUGUGUGCAAGAGUUGCCUCAUCAGCCAGACUACAUUUUCAAACAGCCAGAAACUCAGCUCAAAACAGCUCCUCCAUGCACACAUGUAGAGCCCAUUGCUCAUCCUGAGAGGCAACAGAUAUGAACAGUACUAUACACAUCCAGACAAGACUGCAAUCCUGAUCAGAAGCAGAGUAGCUGAGUAUUUCUUUUUUUCCUGUGUUUUAUCUGUUGCCUGGGAAGUACCAGCUAGGUAAUAUGCUGUGGUUCCCAGUCACUGUCAGACACCUUAUUACAGAAUCUUACAUUGUUGUGUGUAUCAAAGUAAUUAUCCUUCUGCAGUGGUAAUAUUUCCAAUUCCAGACUUCUCUUUAUUUCCUGGGCAGGUAGAGCAAAGAAAUCAUGCAUGCAGCAGCAUCGUCUCCUCUGUCACACAGAGAAGCAAUGUAUUAUUUACAUGCAAUAGGAAUGAAUAUGUCUUCUUAAUAAACAGAAGUAAUAAUGCUGGUA